CCCGGCCUGGGUCAAAUAAACACAGAUAAGCCUCACAUCUCUGAGCUGGAGCUCAGUGUCUGCCAUGAUCCUGACGGUUCCGUCUCCGUGCCUUCCUUCUGCCGCCACUGUCCAGCAGCUGUUCUCUGUGGCCCGAGACGCCGACAUCGUCCCGGACAUCUCCCUGGAUCCGGUGCUCACCACCUUCCUGUCCCUGGACUCUGCCGCCGCCCUGCAGCACCGGUACGGCUUCCUGCAGCGCGGCAUGAGCGGCGAGCAGCAGGCGGCCUUCCACCUGAAUCUCACCGCGCAGCUGAGCAGCAGCAGGGUCACGAACGGCGGCGUAGGGGUCGUCGCCUUGGCCCUGUCCCUGCUGUUUGACCAGGUUGCUCAACAUGUUUCGCCACGGGGAUCCGAAGUUCAGAAGGUGUUCGGCAUCAGCGCCUCGUCCAGAAUCGGAUCGAUGAUCCACGGCUACCUGCGCCUCGUCCCCGCCAUCGCCAACGACGAGGAGAAGAUGGCGGAGGCCGCCGAGCUGUACGACGCCUGGCUUAACCUGGAGCUGAUCGACCAUUAUGAGAGGAUGACCACCAAGAAGAGGAUGAGCACAGAGGCCAUGCGGCAGUGGCUGGCUGGCGCCGCAUUUCACCUGCACCUGAGGAUCCAUCAGGUUCGCCUUCACUCUGUGCCAUCUGGGUCCAUCGAGUCUCUGCGUCUGUCCUACAAGACGGGGUUAAAUCGCCUCGUUAGCGGCUAUGUCGCCUAUUUACGUAAAAAUAUUUUGGAGACUGAAGCGGGGGAAACAUUGGAGCCAAAACGCAGCAGCGUGGAAAACAGCAGCGCCUCCAGCACCGGGAAUGUGACGGCUCACCCGGCUGAUGCCAAAGCCAACUCCACGGCAGGCGACCAGAGGAGCUGCGGGCAGCUGGUGGGAAGAAAUGCUUCGGCGGCGCCGUGUUUCAGGCAACUGGGUCUGCUGGUCAUCGAGCCGCAGAGGGAGGUCAGUCACGGCGUCCGGCACCGGCCCUGUGAGUCUGCGGCCAUCCAGGAGGCCCUGGUGACGCGCAUCAUGAAGGCGCAGGACCUGCAGCGCAACAGGAACUUCUUCCUGUAUCCGGAGAAAGUCCUGCGAGGCCUGCUGAGGCAGAGGCAGCACUUUGAGCUGCGAGCCAACCGGACCGAGGGAAACGGUCCAUCCGGGUCGCAGCCGCGGAGCGGCGGCGGGACAGGGCCGAAUCGAGAAAAAGAAAACCAUACAAUCAAGAGAAUAAAGUCAUAA